AUGGGCAAAGCAGAGGUCGGCAGCACGAAAUAUGUGGCCAACAAGAUGAAGGCCAAAGGCCUGCAGCGACUGCGGUGGUACUGCCAGAUCUGCGAGAAGCAAUGUCGCGACGAGAACGGCUUCAAACAGCAUACCAUGUCCGAAGGCCACGUGCGCGCCAUGGUCCUGGUCGGCGAAGACCCGAAGAAGUUCAUCAACGACUACUCGCGCCAGUUCCAACGCGAUUUCCUCCAACUGCUCAGGACGGCUCACGGCGAGAAGAAGGUGCACAUGAACAACUUCUACCAGGAAUACAUUCGCGACAAGGAGCACGUGCACAUGAACGCCACCAAGUGGCCGAGCUUGACCGAGUUUGCGAAGCACCUGGGACGAGAGGGCAUCUGCAGAGUAGAAGAGGGCGACCGAGGCCUGGAGAUAUCUUGGAUCGAUGACAGCGCCGCGGCCAUCAGUCGACGAGAGGACAUCAAGAAGAAGGACCGACUAGCAAAAGGAGACGAGGACAUCGAGUCGAGGUUGCUGGAGCAGCAGGUGAAACGGGCACAAGAAGAGGCGGCCAAGAAGCGCAAAGCAGAAGAGCAGCUGCUGCCACCUCCUACAUCGGCUGAAGGUGAUGCGGCUGAGGAUAAGCCUACAGAGCCAGUCAAGGUGUCUGGCUUCAGCUUGAAGGCCAAGGCUCCUGUUAAGGUGAAUACUGCACCAGAGGAGAAGCAAGAGGGCGAAGCAGUCGCCAUUGAUACCUUCUCUUCUGCUGAUAAGCCACAUGAACCCACACUAGCGAAACAGGAACCGGACGUCAAAGAGGAGGACGAUAUAACUCCCGCGAAGCCGGAAGCGCCUGCUAAAUUGUCGCUCGCUGGACUUAAGAAAGCAAAGGCUGGCAACCCGCUAGCCAAGAAGAACCCUUUUGCAAAGCCAAAGGCCGCUGCUGCCCCGGAGCCGGAGAAGAAGAUGAGCAACGCCGAGCGCAUUAUGAAAGAGGAAAUGGAACGCAAGCGACUUGCCGAUGAGCGCGGUCAUGGCGCAAAGCGGCAACGAAUGUCAUGA